CUUCGGUGUGUCGGUGCUUAAUUCGAUCCGACCACAAUCGAUCGGUGCAUCGGGCCUGCAGGUGCUGAUCACAAUUCACGGCCAGUCUCAGUCGGAAACUGUUUGGUCGCUGUGCUUGCAACGCGUAACGCGUGACCCUGCUGUAGUUUGCCAGCUGUCGGAAGUGGUGUCGUUCAAGUGGUGCUCGUGAUCGAUAAAUAUCCCAACCCCAACACGUCUGGAGCAUCAAGAUGUCGGAUUUUUUUGAUGAUGAGGAACAGAGAAUGCUGAUCAUGCGCAAAGCAUUCCAGAUGUUUGACACGGCGAAAACGGGCUUCAUCGAGACAAUCAAGAUCUCGACGAUUCUCAACACGAUGGGCCAACUGUUCGACGAGGGCGAGCUGCAGGACCUGAUCGAUGAGGAGGACCCCGAAAGUACGGGCCGCGUUAACUUUGACGGGUUCGCCAACAUCGCCUCGAACUUCCUGCAGGAGGAGGAAGAUGCCGAAGCGAUGCAGCAGGAGCUGAAGGAAGCCUUCCGGUUGUAUGACCGUGAGGGUAACGGCUACAUCACCACUAGCACGCUGAAGGAAAUCCUUAAGGCACUCGACGAUAAACUGUCCAACGAAGAUCUGGAUGGCAUAAUCGGGGAAAUCGAUACGGACGGUUCCGGAACAGUAGAUUUCGAUGAGUUCAUGGAGAUGAUGACGGGUGAAUAAGCGCAAACCCUUGCCAAACCUUAAUACGAGUACGCACACACACGCGCGCUAAUUUUCCAGUCACCGUACUUCUUUCCAAUCGUAUAUCCCUGUUACGCUGGUCAACAUGAAGCGAAACGUAGGAUGCCACCAGCGGACUAGUCAUUGCCACGUUGCACACAUCGGUUGGAUGUAUUUUUGUUAGCUGUUAUUAAAUCACUCUCUAUAUGCGCUCCAA